CCCAGACCCCCGGACCCCCCCCAGACCCCCGGAACCCCCCCAAACCCUGGGACCCCCCCGGGACCCCCCCAAAACCCCCGGGACCCCCGGCUGGGGGGGUGACAGCGACAGGAGGGGCCGCAGGUGUCACCGGCGCCCCCCGCCCCAGCGAUCGCCGCGGCCGGAGCCCCCCCGCCCACCCCGGGACCCCCCCAUUGACCCGGCCCGCCGAGGGGCGCGUGGGAAAAGGGGCGGGGCCUCCCGCACGCGGGAAUCCGCCGGCAGCCAAUCAGAGCGCGCCGCCCGUUCCCACGUUCCCAUUGAGAAAUCGCUGCCUUCGGGAUCCCCGCUACAACCGGGGCGGGGGAGACCCCCGGGGGGGCCCUGAGGGUCUCUCGGGGUUCCCUGAGGAUCCCGGGGGGGUCCUGGGGAGUCCCUGGGGGUCCCGAAAGGUCUCAGAGCGGCCCUUGGGGGUCGCGGUUGGGGGGUGAUUGAGGGGUCCUAGGGAUUUUCGGGGUUAUUUUUGGGGAGGGGGCCAUGCAGUCCGAUGAUCUCUUCCUCCGCAAAAUGCGGGGUCCCUUGGCCCGGCCGCCCCCCGCCCCCGCCGGUUCGGCUGGGGGGGUCCCCUCUCCGCCCCCCUCCCCGGGGGGAUCCGCGCCCCCCCGGCAGCGCAGCGGCAGCGAGGCGGCUCCGGGGAGACCCCCGGAGGAUGGGGAGGGGUCCCCCCGGAGCCGCAGCCAAAGCCAGGAGGAGGCGGCGGGGGGCGGCAGCCCCAGCUCCCCCCGCUUCCGCGACCCCCUGCUGCUGCUGGGGCUGGCGGCGCCCGGGGGCGACCCCGAUUCCUUCCCCCGCCCACCCUGGAGCCCCCUCCUCGCCCAUUACGACGUCCAGAGCAUCCUCUUCGACCCCAGCGAGCCCCCCCCGGGCCCCCCCGGCCUCAUCUCGGGGGCUUCGGCCGCUCACCUGGAGCCCGAGGAGCCCCCCGGGACCCCCCGCGCGCCCCCCGAGCCCGAGGCGCUGGUGCUGAGCUGCCCCCGCUUCUGCUGCGAGACCGGCGGCGAGCAGGAGCCGGGGCUGGGGUCGCCCCGGGGCCCCCCCGGGCCGGGGCAGCUGCCGAAUGCGGCCGUGGCGGUGCUGGAGGAGCCCCCGGCGGGGGGCGCGACCCCCCGCACCCCCAUCGAGCACAGCGACGAGGGCGCCGAGUAUUACCGCAAGUACUUCUACGGGAAAGAGCACCACAACCUGCUGGGCGAGGACCCCCGGCUGGGGCCCGUGGCCGUGUCCCUGCGGCGGGAGGAGAAGGAGGGAGCGGGGCCGCAGGCGCUGCACAGGAUCAUCCUGCGCACCUGCCAGCUGCGGACGCUGCGGGGGUCGGUGCUGGAGGAGGCGCUGCCCCCCGGCUGCCGCCCCCCCCGGGGGUCGGGCCGUGCCCCCCCCCGCAAGCUGCUGGAGCUGCUGCUGCCCGGGCUGGCCGUGGGGGGGCUGCGCCUCGCCCCCUCCCCCGCCGUGCAGGAGACCCUCCUCAAAUUGGACGAGCAGGGGGUGAGCCGGCAGCGCAAGGUGGGGGUGCUGUACUGCCGCGCGGGGCAGGGCUCCGAGGAGCAGAUGUACAACAACGAGCGGCCCGGGCCGGCCUUCGAGCAAUUCCUGGCGCUGCUCGGCACCCGCGUCCGGCUGCGCGGCUUCGGCGGCUACCGCGCCCAGCUGGACACCCGCACCGACUCCACGGGCACGCACUCGCUGUACACCACCUACCACGGCUACGAGGUGAUGUUCCACGUCAGCACCAUGCUGCCCUUCACCCCCCGCAACCCCCAGCAGCUGCUGCGGAAGCGCCACAUCGGCAACGACAUCGUGACCAUCGUGUUCCAGGAGCCGGGCGCGCUCCCGUUCUCGCCGCGCGCCCUCCGCAGCCACUUCCAGCACGUGUUCCUGGUGGUGCGCGUGCACGAGCCCGGCACCCCCCGCACCUCCUACAGCGUGGCCGUGGUCCGUCCCGAGGACACCCCCCCUUUCGGGCCGCCCCUGGCGGAGGGGCAGCGCUUUUUGGGGGGCUCGGGGCUGCGCCCCUUCCUGCUGGCCAAGGCCAUCAACGGCGAGAACGCGGCGGCGCGGGGGGGGCGCCUGGGGGCCAUGGCCGCCCGCACCCGCCGCCAGUACCUGCAGGAGCUGCUGCUCGCCCACCCCGGGGGUCCCGCGCUGCCCGCGCCCCCCCCGCGCGCUCCCCACGCUCGGGGGGCUCCUGCGGGGAGGGGGCUCCCCCUCGGAUGCGGGGGGGGAGGCGGCGGCGGCGGCGGGGGGGCGGUGGCGGGGGCGCUGGUGUGGGGGGCUCGCCUUGAGGAGGGGUCUCCGGCGGGCGGGGGUCGCGGGCUGCCCUGCCUGCUGGGGGUGGCGGCCGAGCGCCUCGUGGUGGUCGCGGCGCCCCCGGGGCGUCCGCUGUUCAGCUGCGCCUGCCGGGACGUGCUGGGCUGGGGCUUCUCCGAGGGGCGCCUGGAGAUCUUCCACGGGCGCGGGGCCUGGAUCGCGCUGCGGCUGCCCCGCGGCAGCGCCCCGCAGGCUGCGGGCAGGCUGCGGGCGGUGACCCGCGGCUGCGAGGUGCAGGAGCUGGCGCUGCCGCGGGGGGCCGGGGGUCGCCGGGGGUUCCGCGUGGACCCCUCGGGGGUCGUCACGGCCGUGACGCGCUUCUUCGCCGAGACCGCGGGGCUGCGGCCGGGGGCGCGGCUGCUGCGGGUGGGGCGCUGCCCCCUCCCCCGGGGAGACCCCCGCAAGCUGCGGGAGCUGCUGCGGAGACCCUCGGGACCCCUGACCCUGCUGCCCCCCGACCGCGACGGGCGGCCCCGGCGGAGUUUCUCGGAGCUCUACGCUCGCUCGCUGGAGCAGGGCCGGGGCUCGGGGGGGGACCCCGACACUGGGGACCCCCGCGGGGACAUCGGGGACACCAGCAGCGACUCGGGGGGGGACAGCGACACUGGGGGGGGGUCCCCCGACCCCCUGAGGGUGCUGGAGCUGGAGGAGGAGAGCACCCCCUUCCCCCCCCCGCCCGAGGAGCCCCAAAAACCCCAGCGGGGACCCCCCCAGCCCGUGAGUGAGCCCGGGCACGGGGGACCCCAAAAACCCCAAAAUCCCGCCUGGGAACCCCAAAAUCCCACCUGGGAACCCCAGAUCCCCUUCGGAACCCCCCAAAUCCGCUCUGGAACCCCAAAAAAACCCACCUGGGAACCCCAAAAUCCGCUCUGGGAACCCCAAAUCCCCUUCUGGGACCCCAAAAACCCCCCUGGGACCCCAAAAAUCCACCUGGAAACCCCCAAAAUCACCUGGGAACCCCAAAACCAACCUGGGAACCCCAAGAACCCACCUGGGAACCCCCAAAUCUGCUCUGGGACCCCCAAAACCCCUCUGGGAACCCCAAGACCCCCCCCCCGGAUUCCGGAGCUCCCGCGGCCCCCCCCCGAGCCCGGCCCCCCCCCGGGCCCCUCGCUGCAGUCGCUGGGCAGGCUGCUCUCGGGGUCUGGGGACCCCCAGGAGGACGAGUGGGACGUCAUCGCCUGCCUGGCCACGGCCUGCAGCGGGGUCCUGGAGGCCAUCGCCCGGGGGCACCCCCUAAUUUGA